AUAUUCUCGGCCCAUAUUAUUUGGGCUUUAAUAAUAUGUUUAAAUUGGAUAUAUUUACGUAAUUCAUGAAAUUUCUAUUUGUUAUUUUUUUUUUGUGUGGGAAUGGAAGUAAAAAAAUAUGGUUUGAAAUGGAUAAUGAAAUAUACGACAGUUUCCUAUCUUUUUCUAAGUUUCUAAAAUUUGAUUAAUUGUUGGACAAUGUUUUCUUAUGGAAUAACAAAAUCCAUUUAUUCAAUGUUUUGUAGUCUCUUGUUAUUAAACUUCAUACCGCAUAUAGUAGACCUUUGAAAUCAAAAGAGUGAAGUACAAGUGUUAAGUGUUAACUAAAUUAAAGUACUCAAUCAAUUAUUCGUAUAUGGUAAUGGGUGAAAGAGUUAAGACUUGUGAAAGUUUAUAAAUAAAAAACACACACACACAUCAUACUCCAAUUGUUACAAUUUAUAUUUUACACAACCAAUGCUUUUUUUCUUCUUUCUAUAUUGUGUACGUAGUCCCGAGGAGUUCAACUACCCUUUGGCUUUUUUGUCUAACAUCAAUUAGACUAAUCAAUAAAAAAUAUUUUAGUUAUGUUUAUAUAUAAAUAUUGUUUUAGUUGAGAGUUGUUGAGUAUAACAAAAACGAACAGUAUAAUAGACUAAAUAAACGACUUUUUGAGUUUAGACAAUUACUUAUGUGUUUUCUCUUUAGGAUGUAACACAAAUGAUCAAAUGUAUAUUUAAGAAGUAAAGUUUUAAAUUACAAGGCGAUUAACCUUUACAUUAGACAAUGGGAUAAUAUGAUAACGAGCUUGCCGGAAACAUAUAUAUAUACUCUUUAGCUUUGCCAUGUUGAGUCAUAGAACUAUAGACACAUAACUUUUUACUAAUAUGACUACAAGCCUAAAACUAGUAAGAAGUAGCAUUCAGUUAGUAAGCUUAAAUUUAUUUAACAUUAAGUUGCGUGCGUGUAUGUAUAUAAAAAUUACAUUCUAUCAAAUAUAUAAACUAACGAUUGUUCAACGAGUUGAACGACUAAUUAUUCUUGUAAUAUUAUAUAAUGAAUAUGAUUAAAACUACAUUUAAAAAAACUAUAUUCAAGUGAUUCCCCUUGAAAAAGUGUUUUCAAAUUCUAAAUUCUACGUUAUUUACUCUGGAAUUUUGAAAGGACUAUAAAAUGUAUUGUUAUAGACUUAUAGUAUACAUAUACACACACAUAUAUAUGUAUAUCUCUUAUUUUAAAAUGAUCUUCAGUUACAAAAAAAAGAAGUGAUCAUUUUUUUUGGGCAAAAAAACAAAAGAAGUGAUCUUAUUGAGGUGUUUUGGUAAAUCACGUAUACUAACGCACACAUUCAACCAGUGAAAUUUCUUAUUCAAUCUCUUUGAGCAUCCACUUUUUUUUACGGCACGAGUAUUCUGUUAUAUAAAUGGUUAGCAAAUGUUUAUAAAUUUCUAUUGUUUCAUUGUUUAAAUAUUCGGUGUACAGGUUUGAGUAACUAUUUUUUGUCUUGAUCAAACUAUUUUUAUUUCGAUCCAAUGAAUACUGCGUAGGGAUUAUAUUAUUAUACUACUGUUUUAUAAUCGAGAAAACCUUCUGAUUCAACAAUUCACUUUCGAAAUAAAAAAUUGUAGUGGGAAACGAUCGUGCGCCCCAUUUGUUCAACCUCGGCGCUCGACCCCACACAUCAAUUAUAACGCUAACUAAAAAGACAAAAUAAAAAAAAUUACAGGUUUAAGAAAAUUAUCUUAACCAGUUAAAUAUUUAAAUCAGAAUACGGUGGUACCUGAUUAGAAACGUAUAUAUAGACUUAACGAUCUACUACUGUUAGGUUGUAUAUUCAUGAAGAGAUCUGAAAACUCUGGUAAUGUAUUUUGACAAAACUUUCUGUCAAAGUGUCAUGUAACAAAAUUCUCAAAAGUGCCAAUUGAUAAUAAUAUUCUUAAUUCAUCAAAAAAGAUAAUAAUAUUCUUAAGUAAACUUUUCUUAACCACCUUUAUCUUUUAUUAUGUUUUAUUUAUAUUAGCUUCUCAGUUUACCGUCAAGUAUUUUUUCGGUUGCAACCGAUUUAGUACAUUAGUCUAUCGGACGUUUAAUUUUAAUAUAAUCAGUUGUUAAAAAAAGAAGCAAAAAUAUCACUAAAAAGUCUCGUAAUAAAACCUAGAAUGUUGUAAAACGAAGGUUUUAAGUCUGAAUAUUUAUGUGUUUUAUUAAUGAAUAAAAGAUCCCUUUAUAUAAAGGUUACAUAAGAGAUAAAUGGAAAUACAUAAAUGAAAAGAUUACAAAUCAUAAACCAACAAAAAAUAGGAAAACUAGAAAAAUAAAAACUCUUUGGCCGUCAAUCUCUCUCUCUAGGUUUAAGCCGGUUAUGGACUGGGCCGGUUAUGCACAUCCACUAAUUGAUUUAUAACAUAUAAUACAUAUUGUACCCUUUGUAAUAAUUAACGCUCUCGAGCCUUGGGUUGGGUGAUUUUAGUUUUGUAUAUUCGAUUAUAUAUUCGUAUAUAUGCAUUAUAUUAAUUAAUAUCUACAUAUGCUUCCACUUAUUUUAUAAGUUAGCUUAUAUUACAUCUAUUCUCUUUCUUGCUUAGUAUCAUUCUUUGUCGUGUUCCUUUCAAUUAACCUUACUUUGUGUCUUGUGUUCCUCACGACACAAAAACUUGUAGAAGGGUUUUAAAACCAAGAUCUGGAAAAUAUAUCUCCUCUUCUGGAAUUGCUCAUCUUCUCUUGAUCUAAAAGAUCACUUAUAUUUCCAUAAGGCUUCAUCACUUUUGGAAUAUAUAUAAUAUCAGAUAUAAUAUCUUUAGGGUUUUAAUGGCGAAUCCAUGGUGGACAGGACAAGUGAACCUCUCUGGCCUCGAAGCGACGCCGCCUAGCUCAUCUCAGUUAAAGAAACCAGAUCUCCACAUCUCCAUGAACAUGGCCAUGGACUCAGAUCAUAACAACCAUCAUCAUCACCAAGAAGUCGACACCAACAACAACAACAACGAGGACGAUAGAGACAACUUGAGCGGCGACGACCACGAGCCACGUGAAGGAGCCGUGGAAGCCCCCACACGCCGUCCACGUGGACGUCCAGCUGGUUCCAAGAACAAACCAAAGCCACCGAUCUUCGUCACGCGCGAUUCCCCUAACGCUCUCAAGAGCCAUGUUAUGGAGAUCGCUAGUGGGACUGACGUCAUCGAAACCCUAGCUACUUUCGCUAGGCGGCGCCAACGUGGCAUCUGCAUCUUGAGCGGUAACGGCACGGUGGCUAACGUUACACUCCGACAACCCUCAGCAGCUACCGUUCCAGUCCCCCCUGGAGGUGCGGCUGUUUUGGCGUUACAAGGGAGGUUUGAGAUUCUUUCUUUAACAGGUUCUUUCUUGCCUGGACCGGCUCCACCUGGAUCCACCGGUUUAACGAUUUACUUAGCCAGUGGUCAAGGUCAGAUUGUUGGAGGAAGCGUGGUGGGGCCAUUGAUGGCAGCUGGUCCGGUGAUGCUAAUUGCUGCCACGUUUUCUAAUGCGACUUACGAGAGGUUGCCUUUGGAUGAGGAAGAAGCGGCUGAGGGCGGCGGCGGAGGAGUGGUUCCAGGGCAGCUUGGGGGCGUAGGUUCUCCUCUGAGUAGCGGUGGCGGUCGAGGAGAUGGAAACCAAGGACUUCCGGUGUACAGUAUGCCGGAAAAUCUUGUUUCUAGUGGCGGUGGAAGCGGUGGAGGAGGGCAGAUGAGCGGUCAAGAAGCUUACGGUUGGGCUCAAGCUAGGUCAGGAUUUUAACGUACGUUAAAAUGCCUUUUUUAUUUACAAAAGUUAACAAUAAGAAUUAUGAUGAUGUCUAUUAUGAUAAUGAUGAUGAAAAUUAGUCAGUUGCUAGUUGCUACUAUAGUGAGCUAUGUAUUGUCUGCGAACAUUAUAUUAUGCUCUCUCGUGACUACGAUUAUUAUUUGCUAAAUUUCACUUGUGUGUUUCUGAUCUUUUAUUAAAAGUUUUUUCUAUUUGUUGGAUUCUUCAUUUUCCCAAAUAAUGAGUUAUCUGUGUACGUAUAUGAUUGAUCCUCACUAAAUUUGAACUCUUUAGGGUUGACCAUUUUCCCAGAUAUAUAUGAGUAGCCUUAUACUGUUAUACAUUUUAUAAUAUAAUUGGCUUUAUUUUAGUUACCAGCCUCACACUCACCUGCCCUUAUUAGCAGUAAGUUAAGUUUGCUAUAGUACAAUUUAUGUAGAAAUUGAUUGACCAAUUCACAUCUUAAUCAAUACCAUGAUAUGCAUAUGUCAACCUUCUUAACAAAACAUCGAAUUCUAACUCGAGUAAAAGCAACGCGAUCACGUAGAGGUAUUGUUUAAACUAAACACAUCAGGCGAAUGCAUUUAUAUAUCAUAUACUUAGAUUUUAAAAUGAUCAAUUAAAUCAGGAGUAUGUAAAAGUAAAUUAAAGAAUUACGGUAAACUAUCAAUUAACUCCGGUUUCAGGAUUGGUUUCGAGUCCACAUACAUAACAAAUUCUCUUAUUCUGCUUUGGUAUGAUCUUUCAUGUGCAGUAAUUCAUUUGAUGAUAGACUCAUGCAUAUAAUAUAUUUUCCGAAGAAACAUAUUCACAUUAUGAUUAGUCGGAUGGAAGGGUCAAAUGAUCAAAUGCCAUUAACAAAACAAAAAAAAAACUUCUUUUAGAUAAAUCUAGUUAACACGCAUACAUUCAGAUUAGUAUAUUAUUUUAAUUACCGUGCACUAGUGUAAAAGAUGAUGCAUCCGACCAAACAUUGAGUUAUCAUGCAUGAGCUAUUAAGAAGGUUAUUUCAAAUGACGAUAAGAUUUUUUUAUAAAAUAUAAAUGCAUGUGUUUUCUGGAAAAUCAAAUCGUCUGGAGUGAAACCAAAUUUAUAAUUAAUGUUUUUUUGUGAAUCUGAAACGGUCAAAUAUCUACAAACUAGAAGCGAUAGUCAACCUCAACUAAUAUAACUAAAUCAGUCGACUACAAAAACUAAACGUUAUGUAUACAUGUUUAUAAGGCACACUACACAGUCUACACUGCAAGUUCGAUGCAACUAUUUAAUAUAGUAACCAGGGGGAAAGUGUGAAAUGCAAAGUUGCAACAAUAUUUAUACCGUUUUUCUUAAUUUACGUAUUAUAAGCGAUAGUCAACCUCAACUAAUAUAACUAAAUCAGUCGACUACAAAAAUUAAUUGUUAUAUAUACCUGUUUAUAAGGCACACUACACAGUCUACACUGCAAGUUCGAUGCAACUAUGUUAUACUAUACGUAACCAGGGGGAAAAGAGUGAAAUGCAACUAUAGAUUAUUCCCUUUUUCUUAAUUUAAUACAGCUAAAUGUGGGGGUAUGUGUAUUAAUAACCCCAUUGCUGUCAGCUUAUAAGUGUCGUCACUUAACCAGAAUUUUAGGCUUUCUUGACCAUCUUUUGAUUAAAAAUCAUAAACAAAAAUAUGAGAGUAUAGGAGCCUUUUCACAUGGCACCACAUGCGUUCCUCUUGCAAAACGUAAAACCCUAAUGGACCUGUCUUUUAUAUAUUUACAUCCGUACUUUCUCGAGCAUAAAUACAUAAUACUAAAAAUGAUUAAUUAAAGUGGUUUUGAAUGUGUUAAAAAUGGUUUUGAAUUUUGAAUUAUUCAUAUUAGUUCCCUUUAUUUAUAUAUAUAUUAUUAGCAAAGCGAUUUAUCAAGAUCCAAGUAUAGCUCUCUUUUUUCUUUCUUUUGGUCAUCUCAACAGAUUAACAGAAAAACGAAAUUACAAGCUCACAACAAAUUAAAGCGCAACGACCCAUGCAUAUAUAAACAGAUGAACACAUACAGUAAUCACCACUUCACCUCUUAUAUUUAUAACCCAAAACUAGUGUUAGAUAUUGAUCUGUGACAAAUUUACUCGUAAAAACUAAUGAAAGCUCAGGCAUAUAUAUGUAAAGCCUUAUUCGUGUUUAACUCCAACAAAUUAGCAGUCCUUUUCUCUCUGAAUGAUUGAAAUACCGUAUUUAGAUAAAUAAUUUACGCAAAUGAUUAUUAUCAACCGAAACGAUUAGUUUACCAAAAUUUUAUGAUAUAGAAUUUGUUUUCAAAUCAUAAGUUUUUGUGGUACUUUAUAAAAAAGGAAGCCCUAAACCCCACUGAAAAGGCAAUAAUAGUUACCUAUAAAAAGUCCAAAACCAAAGCAAUUAACAACUAAUACUUUGAAAAGGAAUCCACAAACGAGCAUUAUUAAAAGUAUAACAAAGACCGCAAGAUAAAUCAUAGCUCGGAGGUACUGCUUCAUUGAAAUAAGUAUAAAAUGUAUUUCUAACACUGAGAUAAUGCGCAAGCCGUGAUCCAUUUCCGUGAUAUAUUUAAUGUUUUACAUCAUGAGCAGUUUUUCAAUUCGGAAAUUGUAUAAAAUCUUAAUUAUAAGAAUAUUAUAUUGUAAGUUUUUGGAAUAAUAAUGGAGAGAAUAACUUCACUAAUUCUCUUAUAUAUUGUCUGUUAUAUUAUAUUCUGAUGUUCUUCAAAUGAUAUGAAUUGAUGUUUUAUCAUCUAUAAUUUCAAUAGAACAUGUAUACUUAAUAUUUUCAUAGAACUUUACUGUUUCGACUUUUGUUGUUAUUAAUCCUCUUGUUUGGACGAAACAAGAUUUAAAUUUCCAAAAAGAAGUUGGAAUGGGACUUUUUUUUGUCGUCAUGGAGUGUUUAUAUAUUCCAAUCCAAAAUCCAAAGAGUAGUACAUUAUAAUACUAUAUUUUAAAACUCGGACAUCAUAUCUGUCGAAUAUAAUUUAUAGCGUUACGUGAUGUUUCUUCUUCAGCCUACACAAAGCAUUAAAUAACACUAACUUUGGUAAUCGUAUUUCUAUAACAAUCAAACACUUGGUGUGGUCUGAGCUGGGUGUAAAGUGCAAACAUAAAUGAUUUAAGAAAACAUUUAAUAUGUAAAGGAUUUAAUAAUACAAAUUCUAUUAAGAAGUAUUAUUAUACAAAUUUGACAAAUACCAAAUUACAUUUAGUUUAUUAAAUUCUUUAUGAUCCAUCUCAAUUUUUUCUUUGAUCAAAUCCAUAAUGAGAGAUAAAAAAAAGAAACGCAAGUGAUUUUAUAUAGAGAAACCACUAAAAUUACAUAUUAUCAGAUAUAAAUAAAUU